AUGCCUACCGAAGCUGGUCAUAGAUUAUACGUCAACUUGAUCAAGAUCGAGGGCGUCGACGACACUGCCGCUGCCAACUUCUAUGCCGGCAAGCGGGUCGCGUAUGUCUACCGGGGCCAGAAGGAGGUGCGUGGCACCAAGAUCCGCGUCAUCUGGGGCAAGGUGACGAGGCCACACGGAAACUCGGGUGUUGUCCGGGCGAAGUUCACCACCCCUCUUCCUUCGAAAUCUUUUGGCGCCUCGGUUCGCAUCAUGCUCUACCCCUCCUCGAUUUAA